AUUUCGAAUAGACAAUACGGAUCACAUAAUAGACGUCAACAAAAACAACGCGGCGUUCGAGUACGACCAAGUGAACAUCAUAUGUCCGGUCUACCAGCCAGGCACCUACGAUGACGAAGCGGAAAAAUACAUUAUUUACAAUGUGUCGAAGGAGGAGUACGAGACGUGCCGGAUAACGAAUCCGAGUCCGCGGGUCAUCGCCAUCUGCGACAAGCCCUUCAAGACCAUGUACUUCACGAUAACGUUCAGGCCGUUCACGCCGCAGCCCGGCGGCCUCGAGUUCCAUCCGGGCCGCGACUACUACUUCAUCAGCACGUCGUCGCGGGACGAUCUGCAUCGGAGGAUCGGCGGCCGAUGCACCACCCACAACAUGAAGGUCGUGUUCAAGGUCUGCUGCAACGAGCAGGACCAGCCCAACUACGUGCCCAGCCGCAACAAUUCGAUAUCGGUAACGAGCAGCACGAUGAGCACGAGCAGCAGCUCGACGUCGACGUCGAUCAUCGGCCAGCACGGUGGCCAAGCCAACAACGGCAUCUCGAACGGAAUGCCGCCGGCCCCGCUGCCGCCGUCCGUCUACAAGGGCAGCAACGAUCGAUUCUACCCGAGCAACGUGCUCAACAAUGGCCCGGGUGGAAGUAGCAACAACAACAACAAUAACAAUCGAGAUCACACGGGCAUGAGUAAUAUCAACAACAAUAACAGAGACGAGCAUCCGACGAACAACAAUCAGGACAACGCGGUGGUGCCGCCGACGCUGUCGCACAUACCCCAGGUGCCGAUGUUCCCGAACUAUCCGCACCAGCAGCCACAGCCGCCGGUCUACGGCGGUCGGGAUCACGGCCUGCUGCCGGCGUCCCAGCCACCCAAGACCUCCAUCACGAAGAAGAAAAACAAAGAAUACUCGGACCAUCCGAACGAAGUGGUGAAGAACGAGGAGCUGACGUACAACGCGGCCUCGUCGAGGACGUUGCAGCGGACGUCGCGAUGGACGUCGCUGCUGCUCGCCGCCGCGGUCGCCCUCCUGCCUUACCUGCUGCGGUGAAGCGAUUUUCGCCGCCGGCCACAACAAACGAUCAUCAUUCGACGAUAUUAAAAGAAAAAAUUAAAGGGGGACGUCGUCGACGACGACACAGUGUGCAAGAAGAGUCAAGGAAGAGACUAUUUAUACAUUAAUUAAAGAAAAAUUAACGAAAAAACGUUUAGGCACGCGUGCGUGCGCCUGCCGCGUGUUGUGCGUUAAUAUAUAUGUGUGUGCGUAUGAAUGAAAUAGUCUGUCUGUGUGUGCGUGCGUAUGUUUGCUGUAUUAACUGUUAUAAUUAUAAUGAAUAAAAUAAUACGUGUAGUAAUUGUAUCCCGAACGCAGCGCGCGCGCGACAAAAUAAGAAAAAUAAUAAUAAUGAUAAAGGACGCGAGACGACAAGACAAAACCCCCCUUUCUUCUGUGAUUUGUAAUCCUAUUUAAGGCGCGUUCGUCGCUCGGGCCAAAACCGACAUGCAUACGAGUACAUAUUAUACAUAACGACGAGAGAUUGUAACGGAUAAUGAUCGACGCCGAUUUAUAUUAAAAAAAAAUGCCUCUGCAUUUUUCAAGCCAUAUUCAAUCGAGAAAAUGUUUAGCUCGCAAAGACGCUGUGUGUGUGUACGCGUGUACGUCGCCUAUGAUAUUAUAUAGAAAUUUUAAAAGAAAAACAAAAACUCGACAAGCCCGCGACGCCACUCGUCGUCGUACUACAGUCGUCUGCGUGUAGAUAUAACUGCGUUGUUGACGAAAUGAAAAAAGAAAAAAAAAACAAAAAGGCGCGUUACACGCUGUGCUCGAUAUCGCUCGUACUCAUUGUGGGCGUUUAUUGACCGAAUCCGAUAUAUAAGUAUGUGUAUACGCGGGGCACUGUGUGCCACACGACAUAUACAAUAACGAUGCGCCAUCGAGAACGAAAAAAAUUAUUGUAAAAUAUUAUAAAAUUUACGUUUACUCCUAUCUACCUGUCAUAUAGAGAUUAACACGAAUAGGUGUAACCGAUUGCGACGCUAUCUCGGGUCAAUUUUGCGCUUCGCAUAUACAAGCACGAUUACGAGCAAUUCAGUUACUAAGCGUUCUGGUGAUACACAGGGGUGACUUGACGCGCGUUGUGCUGUGCCGCUGCCGCGAGCAAGUAAGCACGCACCGGCGUCGUCGUCGUCACCGUUGCGGGAUUUAUUAGCAUGUCAAAAAAUUAAGAAAAAAAUAAUGUGUAAAUACGAGAGAUACGAGGUUGAUUAUUCUAUUAAUUAAUUGAUCGUGUAAUUCCUAUGAGGUGUGUGUGCGCGCGCGCGCGCAUCGAGCUUUCGCGCGCCCGAAAAACGAUGUUGCUCUAAAGCUGCUAACUUACGUAACGAUAAUAAUGCAUGAAAGAAAAAAAACUGCCUGUGCCCAACCAUCUCGUGUCACUGCCAAUUUUUUUUUUUUUUUUUAAGAGAGCGAGGAGCAAAUAUUUUCAAAUCGACAGAAAAAAAAUAAAGGCUGAACUAUAUCCUAGAUGUCGAAGCUCUGCAACAUCUGUUACAAAUAUAUAUAAAAAAAUGCAUAUAUAUGAAGAAAAUCCACGUGAAUGUCAAUUUUGCAAUAUAUUUUGUUUCGAAUUAAAAUGUUUUUUUUUUUGUUUAGUUAUUCGAUAGAUAAUAUGUGCGUGCGUAUGCCUGUACACGUCAUCGAGCGUGGUCAGAGGUGAACAGAGAGUCACCUUUUGCGUCGAUUGGAUGUAUGCUUGAGAAAAUUGUGAAGCGCGGAUGCGAGAAUGCUAGAUUUUUAUGGAAAAAAUGUUUGUCGUCAAAGACUACUUGUAUUAUAGCUGUAUUAUACCGAAAAAACACCUAUCAUUAUAGAACUGUAUUAUAUUUAUUAUAUCAAUGCAUAUUUCUAAAUAUUACGAACAUUUACUCGAUAAUCUAUAAUUAGUAAAAUAUCAAAUUUAAUAGAGAAUAAAUUCGCGAUCGGAAGUAUGAGGCUCGUCCAAAAUAAAAUGCGCCGACUCCCAUUUGUUUUUUGCGUAAAACCAUGCGGAGAUAAGCGACAAGUCAUUUGAUCUUCUUUCGCCAGUGUACGAUCUGACGUUAUUGCGUUGAUAUUGUAACUGAUCUUUUCAUAUAAACUCAUAAUAACACAUACUUUUCGAAACCACAUUCGAUGGAUAAUAAUCGAUUUUUUAAUUCACGUUAACAAUAGAAUUUUAAACAAGAAGACCUUCAUAUGGUCUGCAAUCAAUAUUUAAUCAAUUUAUCACAGUCGGGGUAUACAAUGUACCCGUCCAUAGUUCAUUUGUUUAAUCAAGACAAAACCAGCUAUUAAAUAUUUUCAUAUUUCUCUCAGUGUUCAUUACAGUCUGUUUCAGUAAUAAACAAAUUAUAUGAAACUGUGAGGUAUCGACGAAAUAUUCAGUUUGAUCGUUCGAGGUGUCUAACUAACGGAGAUUGACUGUUUUACUGCCAGUAAAACGGUGGACAAUUAUUUUACGAUUUUUAUCUAGAAUGUAUAAAAAUUAUUUCAUCCUGAA